CAAAAAUGUCAUCCUCCCCAAAAAUGGAUGUCUCCGGCGGGCCAUACAAAACCAUUGCCCUUGUGUUGCUCAUCUUCUACAUCAUCUUCGUCUCCCUCUCCAACCAAUACCCAAAGUGCCCCUCGGCCCCUGCCUCCGCCUCCUUCUUCUCCCCUUUCCUUAAAAACCAACAACCAACAACGCUCGACCACCUGGUGUUCGGGCUGGUGGGGUCGGAGAAGGCGUGGCACCACCGCAAAGCCUACAUCGAGUCAUGGUGGCGCCCCAACGCCACCCACGGCCUCCUCUUCCUCGACACCGCCCCCACCGGCGACCUCCUCCCCUGGUCGGCGGCGUCCCCGCCGUACAGAGUGUCCGACGACCUCACUCGCUUCCUGAACAAGAGCGACGUGGUGGCGCAGCGGAUCAUCCACGCGAUCAUGGAGGUGUACAGGGAGGAGGAGCACGAGAAUAUGCGGUGGCUGGUGAUGGGCGACGACGACUCCAUUUUCGUGGUGGAUAACAUGCUUCAAAUCUUGUCGGGCUACGAUCACACCAAGUAUUACUACUUCGGGGGGCAGUCCGAGUUCAUCCUCUCCAAUUAUUGGUACUCCUUCAGCCAGGGAUUCGGCGGCGCCGGAUUUAUCAUGAGCCUCCCUCUGGCCAAGCUUGUGGCGGCGGACAUGGACAAGUGUCUGCUCAGGUAUCGCCAUCUUAACGCUGCUGAUAAAACUACUAUGUCGUGUAUUGCUGACAUUGGAGUCAACCUCACUCCCCUCAAAGGAAUUCAUCAGAUUGAUAUGCGAGGAGACAUAUCCGGUUUCCUAUCAUCACACCCCAAAUACCCUCUACUCUCCCUCCACCACUUUGACAUGGUGGAUCCAAUAUUCCCCAACAUGAACCGCUCGGAGUCCACGCGCCACCUCAUGAAGGCGGUGGCGGCCGACAAUUCCCGCAUGCUGCAGCAAACCAUCUGCUACCACCGCCCCACCAACUGGUCGUUUUCCAUCUCGUGGGGAUACUCCGCCCACAUAUACGAGAAAAUCUUGGCGCGGAGCCACCUACAAUUCCCCAUAGAGACAUUCAAGACGUGGUGGCACCCGAACCCCCGCCCCCCGCACUACAUGUUCAACACGCGCCUCCCCUCGCGUGACCCUUGUCUAGCCCCUCAUAUGUUCUUCUAUCACACCGUCGGAACCACCACAAAUGAUCAGAUUCUCACCGAGUUCUCUCGGGCAUGGCGCCGGGACUUGCCGCCGUGCUCGUUUUCCGGCAAUCACUCCGCCGAUUCCAUUUCCACAAUCAAGGUCUAUUCACCCGCCACCAAACGGUUUCAGGCUGAUAGAAGUGAAUGCUGCGACGUCGUUCGGAUGGAUGGAGAAGAAGCAGAGAUUAAAUUUCGGGAAUGCGCUGCACAAGAGAUUAUUGCUUAAUUACCCUUGAUAAAAAUAGGCAGUUCAAAUUUAAGCCAAUAUUUCCUCCUCUUUUUCCCAUUUUUUAUGUGAAAGGAUCGUUUCUCUACUAGAUAUUGUAAACUAUUCCUCUCCUAGUAUUUACCACCACAUUGAUUAAUGAAAAAUA